AUGGCACCAAACUGGGACAGACUUAUCCGCUUCAUCGCCACAGAUGGGCGUGAGCUGCGGGGUCAACCAAUACUCCCCUCGCCAGAAUUCGAUGUCGGUACGACGACAGAAGAGACGGGACUAAAGGCCAAGGUAAUCGAUGUUAAGAACAAUGACAUCUUCGAUCCCGCCACCAAGGUCACCGAUGAGGAAGUCACCGUCAAGAAGCUACUCGGCCCCGUAACCACAGACGAAGUACCCAUCAUCCGGUGCAUAGGUCUAAACUUCAUCAAGCACAUCCAAGAAGGCGGCCGCACCCUUCCUCCUUACCCUUCAACCUUCAUCAAAGCCAACACCUGCCUAAACGACCACAACGCGCCCAUCGUCAUCCCCAAACUCGCCCAAGACAACCAAGCCGACUACGAAGGCGAACUCUGCUUUAUAAUCUCGCAAGACGCCAAAAACGUCUCCGAAGCCGACGCCUUCAACUACAUCGGCGGCUACACCUCCGGCAACGACGUCUCAUCCCGCAAACUCCAACGCGACCCCCUCCUCGCAGGCACAGUCCCACAAUGGAACUUUUCCAAAGGCUUCGACACGUACGCGCCUUUAGGCCCUCAACUCGUCUCCACACGCGUGAUCCCUGACCCGUCGAAAUUGCAUCUCAAGACUGUGGUCAACGGGGAUCUGAGACAGAGUUCUGGGAUCGAUGAUUUGUGCUUCAAGAUUCCGACGUUGGUGAGUUAUUGUAGUCAGGGGACUACGCUGAAGAAGGGCACGGUUUUCAUGACGGGCACGUGUGCGGGCGUGGGGUAUGCGAUGAGGGAGCCGCAGUUUUUGAAACCGGGGGAUGUCGUGGAGGUUACGCUUAGUCCCGAGAUUGGGACGUUGAGGAAUACGGUGGAGUAUGCUUAG